UGGGAGCGUUCCGUGACGCAUUGUACGCCGCGUUUUGACCCAGCCACGCUGUUGGUUAACCCGUUCCUUUUGCGAUGUUUCGUUUGCGAGGCUAACUGGAACGCGCCCCUGCCGUUCAUGCGCAGUACUGGUCCUUACCAAGCGGGAAGACGAAACGGGGCUGUUGGUCGCUGCUACUGGUGUUGAAAACUGCCUUUUCUUCAGUUCUUUUAGCUAGCCAGCCGGCUGGAGAAUCAACAGAGGAUAACAUGCCGCGGGAAAUCAUCACUCUGCAGCUAGGACAAUGUGGAAAUCAAAUUGGUUUCGAGUUCUGGAAGCAGCUUUGUGCCGAACAUGGUAUCAGUCCAGAAGGGAUUGUGGAGGAGUUUGCCACUGAGGGCACCGACCGAAAGGAUGUCUUCUUCUAUCAGGCCGACGACGAACACUACAUACCACGUGCUGUCCUGUUGGAUUUGGAGCCCAGAGUGAUCCAUUCCAUUCUGAACUCUCCCUACGCCAACCUGUACAACCCAGAGAACAUCUACCUAUCCGAGCAUGGAGGGGGAGCAGGGAACAACUGGGCUAGUGGAUAUUCCCAGGGUGAAAAAAUCCACGAAGACAUCUUUGAUAUUAUUGACCGAGAGGCAGAUGGUAGUGACAGUUUGGAGGGGUUUGUCCUGUGCCACUCGAUUGCUGGAGGAACCGGUUCGGGCCUAGGAUCCUAUCUACUGGAGAAGCUCAACGACAGGUACCCCAAGAAACUGGUGCAGACGUACUCUGUGUUCCCCAACCAGGAUGAGAUGAGUGACGUGGUGGUCCAGCCCUACAACUCCCUGCUCACCCUGAAGAGGCUCACGCAGAACGCAGACUGCGUGGUGGUGCUGGAUAACACGGCUCUCAACCGCAUCGCCACCGACAGGCUACACAUCCAGAACCCCUCCUUCUCCCAGAUCAACCAGCUGGUCUCCACCAUCAUGUCCGCCAGCACCACCACCCUGCGUUACCCGGGUUACAUGAACAACGACCUGAUUGGCCUGAUCGCCUCACUCAUCCCCACGCCGCGACUCCACUUCCUGAUGACGGGCUACACACCCCUCACUACUGACCAAUCGGUGGCCAGCGUGAGGAAGACCACGGUGCUGGACGUCAUGCGGAGGCUACUGCAGCCCAAGAACGUCAUGGUGUCCACGGGGAGGGACCGGCAGACCAACCACUGCUACAUCGCCAUCCUCAACAUCAUCCAGGGAGAGGUGGACCCCACCCAGGUGCACAAGAGUCUGCAGAGGAUCCGCGAGCGCAAGCUGGCCAACUUCAUCCCUUGGGGCCCGGCCAGCAUCCAGGUGGCCCUGUCCAGGAAAUCUCCCUACUUGCCCUCGGCCCACCGUGUCAGCGGCCUCAUGAUGGCCAAUCACACCAGCAUCUCCUCUCUGUUUGAGCGGACGUGCCGGCAGUACGACAAGUUGCGGAAGCGGGAGGCCUUCCUGGAGCAGUUCCGUAAAGAAGACAUUUUCAAGGAUAACUUUGAUGAAUUGGACAACUCUCGCGAGGUUGUCCAGCAGCUGAUCGAUGAAUACAGUGCAGCCACCAAACCAGACUACAUAUCCUGGGGAACACAGGAGCAAUGAGAGCGCCUGUGCUCAAGUUCUCAUCUAGCUACCCCAACACCAGUUUCUUUCUCCCCCCAGGAUCCUGUAUUUGCCAAGACUAGGGUUUUCAAAACCGUGUCAGUCUCGCCUUCCAGAUACAACGGCACCCACGUUUUCCAAUUGCACAAACACCAGCCAUCUCAUCUCUAUAGGUUUUCUAUUGCAUGGCGUGUAUCUGGACAUUGAAAUGCUUAUCAGUAGAUCGAAUGGUCAAAACUAAGCCCGAUAUACUCCCCAAAAGCAACCCUGCCAUUAGUGUAGUCAGGUGAUCGAUUCCUCUGCAUUGAUUCUUGUUUACUUCUGAACGUAUCUGUGUCAGUAUUCGAUCCCUGUGGUUGUGAAACUGCAAAUUUGCCACCCUUUCAAAACCUAGACAGUAAUUUGCCCCCUUGUUGUGGAAUUAGAUAGUGCUUUGUGUCACUGAUCAUCAGAUUUCAUUAUGCCAUCCACAGAAUUUAUGACACGAUGGUUGAUCACAUUUCCUGGGAGGGUCCACACUCACAAAAGCCUUUUGAAAAACAUUCAGAGGUUCGGGGCUAAACAUGCUCAAGGGUGUUUCCAUUCAAUGCAACUGCAAUGCUGAUGAAUUGGUUAAAUUGCAAUGACACUCAAAACAGAGAUUGUACAAAAGUCUGAGCUUUGUUUUUCAUUGUGCCUGUAUCUAAAUAUGACCGAAAAGAGUAACCAGUCAGCUCUAAGGUCAUCAAAAUGUACAUACCAUGUUGCUUUGCCUGUUGGACCUGUGUGAAAUAUACUUAAUAAAAGUUGUUUUUUUACUAAA